AUGCUCCUCCGCCCUCUCCUCCGUCGCGGCGCCGCCGCCGCCGCAGCAGCCGCGGUAUCCUCCGGCGGGGCUCGCGCCACCGCACUCCCCGACCCGCCCGCCGCGCUCGCCUCCCUUCUCCUCGCCUCCCGAUCCUACGCGAAGGCCAAGGGCGGGGGCAAGCCGGCGUCGUCCACGUCAAACCGCGGCAAGGUCCGCGCCAAGGACCCGCGCGGGGUGGCGUCGGCCGGUGAUGCCGCCGGGGCCGAUUUCUCUGCCGGAGGCGGGGGCGACGACAUUGACACCGAGUUCGAGCUGCCCACCGACCCGCUGCCCCCUACAUACGACCCAGCUCUCGACGUCGGCCCCGGCGGCCGCCCGCUCUUCGCCUUCACUGACACGUUCGGGUCCUUCGCCCACCGUGACGCGAACGUCUACGUCGACUUCACUUUGGAUGAAUGGAAUGCUGUUUUACCAGAAGGGUUGCCAGCGGGCAUGAUGAAAGAGUUUCAGGAGACAAGACGGUGUGCUGUGAUGUUGAGGAAGGGGUUCCUAGACCUCCGGGAUAACUUCCGUAGGAUUGUUGAUCCUGCUGUUACAACAAAGCUCAAAGAUACCAAAAAACAAAUUGUCUUGGAUGGCCCACGGAGUUGUGGUAAAAGCAUUGCACUUGCGAUGCUUGUCCAUUGGGCACGUACUGAAGGAUGGCUGGUAUUUUAUGUUCCACAAGGGAAGGAUUGGACUCAUGGAGGAUUCUUCUAUAGAAACACAUAUAGUGAUUUUUUCGAUACACCAAUACAGGCUGCGAAGAUCUUGCAGGAUUUUUUGAAGUACAACGAAACACGCUUACAAAAAUUACCAUGUCAAUUUUUUGAGCCUAUUCCCCUGGGAGAAGGUGCCGGUGUUGGAAUGAUGAAAGGGGCUGACACAAUGGAAAUGCCUGAAGGGUCCACAUUAUAUGAUCUCAUUCAAACUGGGAUAACUCACAUGCAUGCUUCAGUUGGUGUUGUAGUUCGCUUAAGGAAGGAGCUGUCCCUUGUUAAAGACGUGCCUGUACUGUUUGCCAUUGAUCAGUACAAUAGUUGGUUUACAUUCAGUGACUUCCAGGAACCUGUAACUGUCCGAUCCUGUCGAUCGAUCCAUGCAAAAGAGCUUACAAUGGUCAAUGCUUAUAGAUCAAUGUUGCACAAUGAUAUGAUGGUGGGGGCCUUUUCACACUCAACAGCAGUUGGCAAACUACGGCAGGAGCUGCCAGAUGUUCCUUCUGAUGCUCGUUUGAUCUUUCCACGUUACACCUUAGAUGAAGCUGAGACUGUGUGUCACUAUUACAUGAGGCAAAAGAUCAUUCGGCGCGAGAAUUUUUCAGAAGAGAAAUGGAAAAAGAUAUAUUACUUAUCGAAUGGAAAUGGUGCAGAGAUGAGAUGGCUUGCUGCCUUUGUUUGA